AUGGCGCAACCUGUCGUGUCGAAUUCCUGGGACUCAAGCAAUGUUCCUGAGCUCCCCAGGAUCAAUCCCAGCCUGUCACCUUUGGUUAUGAACAAUCCUGGGGGUGUGGGCUCUUCCGGACCACUGAACAUGCAGAACUCUACAAGCCACAGUAUUCUGAGCGCACAGACGGUCAACUCUAGUCCUUAUACUCCGCAUGGCCUUUCUAACGCAAACAGUAGUUUAUAUCUCCCAGGUCCAAAUAUGUUUGGAACACCUACAACGAAUAGUGGCCUCUCUUUUUCUCAAAUCCCUGAGCAAUUUGCUACGUUUCCUCCGCAAUAUAUGCACGGCAAUGACACAUUUUCCAACAUGCAGAACCAGUUUGGUGGAUCAGUAAACCUGGACAGCGCUGAGCAGAGUCAGUACCGGAAUAAUGCGCCCCAGGGGUCUGAGUUUUCUCAAGCAGGCUUACAAAGACCCUCUGCAGCGACUGGACAGAGCACUUCCCCAUUCGUACCUCCGAAUACUUACUAUCAAGACGUUUUUCCUUACCCAGCUCAGGUCUUGCAGCAGUUUAUCCCAUAUCAAAACAUGGCCCAGGUUCCGCAUACUACUAAUAUCCACUCGGCAUCGCUAGGGACGACAAGCCAGGAUGUCCCUGUAAUUCCUUCGCUUAAUCGGCACGCAUCAUUUCGAUCUCACCCAUAUGGCCAGUUUCCACAAGCAGGAGUCUCCCCCACAUCUACAUCAAUUCAUCAUAGGCGGCAGCAUCGCACUCAUAGUAUUGCUUCAAGCGCCCCGUCUGUCCAACAGCAACAUAACAGGGCAAAUUCUCAAAAUGUACAUUUGCGAACUCGGUCUAUAAGGGAACCGAGUAUGUCGAAUGGGCUUGCACCACAUAUCCACAGGAGUCACACUACGAUGGCUGGAGCAUCGCAUGUUUUGCCCAAUACAGGAAACGAGACUCAGUUGGCCCCGCCACUUACUCAGCAGGAACAAGUAGAGCUCGCUCGAAGACUCCAAAUGAGAGAGCUACUGCGUUCUGCACGAUCCAAUGAAACCCAUGCUUUGCAGCUAUACGAGGAAACCUAUUUUCGCCGGCAUCGUCGUCACCAGGAGGAAGCAGCAUCGCACGCCAAGGGGUUGGACGAUCAGAAGGAUGGGCGUCCAGAACCCAAGGAUGACGAGGAGCUGACUGUCAACCUCGAGUGCAAAAUCUGUAUGAGCCAGCUUGUGGAUACCGUUCUCAUUCCUUGUGGACAUGCGAUUCUUUGUCGCUGGUGUGCUGAGCAACAUGCGCGGUCGGAUCGACCCCGGUCCAAGGCAGCGGUGCUAUGCCCACUCUGUCGCACUCCUGUGAAGCAGAAGCUCCGCAUCUAUCUCUCUUAA